AUCGAAUGGAACGGAAAACUAUAUAUAGCUUAAUGACCCAAUUGCAUUUGUUGCUAGUGGCAAUUAGCACAGGCGAGUUGAAUCAAACGUCAAACUUUUUAAAUCGCCUGACCAUGUUCGUUCGCAUUUUUUUUGACAGGGUUCGAGCUCAAUGUCACUUAGGACCUUUUGAAUAAGUACUCCUGAUAUUGACGUAUAGAUACGACACGUGCAUCAUAAAUAAGCAAACAUCGGACUUUUUGAUUAUUCAAGUCGUUAUUAAAAUAUUCAAUAUUAUUUAAUAUUAGUAUUUAGAAUUGAGAACUAAUAUUUACAACAGAUUUCAAUCAUCAUGGGAAAAUUAAAAAAUAAUCAAAUGAAUUCCGAAGCUUUACUAAAAAAAAUUUUUCUCAAAACGGUAAAAAAAUCAAACCCGUUUGAAAUACAAACAACAAGAUCAAAGUUUACCAUCCUGAAUCGAGACAAACGAAUUAAUCGGUGUACCGGCAUGCCGGGAGUUCAGCGUACUCGAGCCAUGGAAAAACGUAAACAAACCCUAGGGCAAGAAUAUCUGCUGAAGCAUAAAACCAACAGAUUUGUGGAUCAACGCAAGCAUAACCAGAUCAUAAAUAGCCCACAACACAACAAUAAUCCGGUUGUACGACAGUCUGUGUCGUCUCGCCGAAAGGAAUUAUACAAUCUGAAUGAUUCCAUCAAACUUACUCAUAAAGGCCAAACAUUGGAGGAAAUAGAACGUUUUGAUGAUGCCAUUGACAAUGAAAGUGAUUCAGAUGAUGGCGGCCUGCUGAAUGAUGAAUUUGUCAAAGCGGUACAUUUUGGUGGAGGUGAAGAUGGAAAAGAUCGGAAAACUGUAAUAGAAGAAAUGAUUGCCGAGUCAAAGCGCCGGAAAGCGGAAAAGCAGCGUGAAAAUGAUGAAAUUUAUGAGAUGACCAAAAAGUUAGAUCAGAAUUGGCAGAGUUUGAUGUCUGUCGUUGGCAGUCACAUGAAACAUAACAACGAAAGACCGAAGUUAGAAGAUUACGACAUAGUUAUGCGAGAGAUGAUCUUUGAACGAAGAGGUAAACCGGCGGAUAGGCUCAAAUCAGAAGAAGAAUUGGUUAGGAUUGAGAAGCAAAGAAUGGAAAAACUAGAGCGAGAAAGAUUAGCAAGAAUGAGAGGCGAAGACGCAGGAAGUAAAUCGAAACACAGAUCGGCAGAUGAUUUAGAUGACGGAUAUUUGUUAUUGCAUCAGGUGAACGAGCUAGAAGGGGAACAGGAAAGGACGAUUAAGUAUACCUCAGAAGUGGUUGAACAUGGAGAUUACAAUCCGCGGGAUACAUCGAAGGAAGAAAGUGACAAAGCCGAGGGAAGUGACAGUGAAGUUUCCAAGUACGACAGCAGCGAAGAAAAUGAUUCUGAUAGCGAAGAGGACAAUCUUUCUGAUCUAAAAGAUUGCUCAGAAAUCGAGGAAGAGAAUAUUAAAGAGGUAGUCAAAUCGAACCACAAUAUGGAGAAAUUGAACAAACUGAAUCUGAUCACGACAGAAAAAAAAUUGACCAGAAACAACAUACGCAUCGAUGCUGAACUAUCAUACACUUUUGAACUUCCUACAAAGUAUGAACAGCUAUCUCAACUUUUAACCAAUUAUUCUCCUGAUGAGCAAGCUCUAAUUCUGGAAAGAAUGCAGAAAUCCUAUAGCACUAGAACUUCCCAGGCAGGCAAGGACCAGUUAAUAUCAUUAUUCGCCUUCGUUAUGCAAUACAUUAAUGACCUAUUCAUCCCAGAUUGUCAUUUGUAUGAUAUCGCAAAGAGUUUUCAGAUAGUUGAGAUUUUGACACCAUAUCUGCAUGAUUUAGCGCAAUGCAACCCAACAGAAACCUCUAAAUGUUUUCUGGAAGUACUGAAAGAAAAACACGAAGAAUUCCGCAAGCAACCACGACAAUAUCCACCACUUGAUACACUAAUAUUCCUAAAACUAGUCCCGGUUAUUUUCUCGGCGUCUGAUUUUCGCCACCCAGUAGUUUCUCCAUUUCUAGUAUUUGCUAGCGGAUUGCUGUCUCGAUGUCAAAUUCGGACACGAAAGGACGUUACUGCUGGUUUGUUCAUUGUAACAACGGUUCUAGAAUGUGUUGAGCAAACGAAUCGCUUCCUACCGGCAUCCUUAAACUUUCUUACUGGGGUUAUUUAUAUGUGUUCCCGAAAACGACCAGUUCAAGUCACCUCAGUGGUUCCUCCGUUUAAAUCAUCGGCACCGUGGAACAAUUUGCUGGCUUUCGAGAAAACAGUAAACGAUGAAACUAAAGUUGAUUUCAAACUGCAUGCAGAAGAUUUUAUAACUGUUCACAUCGAUGAAGCUUUUAAGUUGAGAGCUUUGCAUUCCGCGCUGGGACUAGUGACAGUCGUAUGUCAACAGCUCAUUGAUUCACCUGGUGCUCAUUACAUAUGCGAUAAUGUUCUCCCAAAUCUAACCCUACUAGAUGAGGAUCUUCUCCCCCUGCCAUUGAAGAUCAUGCUAAAAGAGGUGUUGAAUGUUGUUCGAUUGUUACGUUCACGUCCUUUGCAGUACCUGACCGAAGCGGAGAAAAAAACAGCGGCUCUUAGACUACUUGAGCCAAAAAUCGAACCAAUUUACGAUGAUAUUCGCCGACGUCCAAAAAACCCGCUGACUGCAAGAGAGCAACAGAAAAAGCUUAAGCAAAAAGUAAAACAGGAGUCACGUGCCGCUGCUCGUGAAAUUCGACAGGAUAAUGAAUUUAUUGCCAAGAUACAGUUCAAACAGAGGGCGGCCAAUGACCGAGCCCGACGUGAUAAGGUUAAACGAAUUUUCUCUGAUGCUACCUUACAACAAGGAGAACUCAAAUCUUUCGAUCGGAAAGCCAAGUAUAAGAAGUAAAAGCUGUUGAAAGUAUGACAGGUGGCACUGAUAACAUAAUGAUCCUUGACUCAGGAACAAGUUAA